CUUCAAGGAGUGGUUCAACGAGAUGUACGAGCGCGACCCCGGGGCCGGCAUGAAGAUGCUGAAUUGGGACAUGCCUCCUCCCUCUUCACCCCCUGCCUGGAGCAGUCCAGCAGCGCCCAAGGAGUGGUUCAAGGUCCAGCUCCCGACCUCGAAGAAGGACAACGAUGACGUGGACUCGGCAGAGGGGCUGGUGCAGAAGAUGGUGGCAGAGAAGGGGCUGAGGACGGAGUGGGUGAAGGUGGUGGAGUUCUCUUUCCUCGCCCUCGCCCUCUCCAGCAUCCUUGCCGUCGGCCCCUCGUUCAUCGACGCCUGGGUGCAGCGGGUUGACCCUUCCUCUGUGCGAGAGCCUCAGGGGCCCAGCGGGGUCGACGCGUUUCUGAUCCAGACUGACUUCUCCAAGGAUCGCCUCGUCCUUCCCAACGGCCUCGACGACUGCGACCACGUGCUUCCUCGCUUCAUCACCCGCUGCUCACCCAGGGAGGGAGAAGUCAAGCCCGAGACAAGGCAGAAGGUCUUGAGCUGGAUGGCGCAGGGGAAGGGAGAUGCGGAGAUUCUGAGCAUGGAGGAGGUCAAGGGAGCUGGAGUCUCGAGCAGCCAAGUGCAGGCGAUCAGGCAGGAGUUCGUGCAGGUCAAGGCGAGGAAGGAUGCGUUGGGUCGAGCAGGAGGGGGAAGAUGAUGAGAGAGUGUGGCUCCUCCUCUUCUUUCUCCUCCUCCAUCUUCUUCCUUGUAUACUACUCACUUGAAGCGUUAAAAACUACUCAACGACU